AUGGCGCAGAUGCAGGUGCAGCAACAGAAUGUGGCGGCGGCUGGGCCCAACGGAGCGUCGGCUCCCGGUGGAGCGGCGUCUGGACAGUUUCUGUCGACGUCUCUGUAUGUGGGUGACUUGGACUUCAGCGUGACGGACUCGCAGCUCUACGAUACGUUCAAUCAGGUCGGCCAGGUGGUCUCGGUUAGGGUUUGUCGAGAUCUCAGCACUCGCCGCAGCCUUGGCUAUGGUUACGUCAACUACAGCAACCCCCAGGAUGCUGCAAGAGCUUUGGAAGCUUUGAACUUCACUCCGCUCAACAACAAGGUGAUCCGAGUCAUGUAUUCUCAUCGGGACCCAAGCAUUCGGAAAAGUGGGACAGCAAAUAUAUUUAUCAAGAAUUUGGACAAAGGAAUUGACAACAAGUCACUGCAUGACACCUUCUCAACCUUUGGAAACAUCCUCUCUUGCAAGAUUGCAACAGAUGCUAAUGGCCAAUCAAAGGGCUAUGGAUUUGUACAAUUUGAUAGCGAAGAAGGUGCACAAAAAGCCAUAGAUAAGUUAGAUGGCAUGCUUUUGAAUGAUAAGCAGGUGUAUGUUGGGCAUUUCCUCCGCAAGCAGGAGCGAGAUACUGAAUUUAACAAGACAAAGUUCAACAAUGUCUUUGUGAAAAAUCUUGCUGAGUCUACUACAGAUGAUGAUUUGAAGACAGCUUUUGGUGAAUAUGGAACAAUCACUAGUUCCGUGGUGAUGAGGGAUGCCGAUGGGAAGUCCAGAUGUUUUGGAUUUGUCAAUUUUGAGAACGUUGAUGAUGCUGCCAAAGCUGUUGAAGCUCUCAACGGGAAGAAAAUUGAUGAUAAGGAGUGGUUUGUUGGGAAAGCCCAGAAGAAGUCUGAGAGAGAGCAAGAACUUAAAAGUAAAUUUGAGCAAACUUCCAGGGAAGCUGUUGAAAAAUUUCAAGGAGUUAAUUUAUAUGUUAAGAACUUGGAUGACGGCAUUGAUGAUGAGAAGCUGAAAGAACUGUUCGCCGAGUUUGGUACCAUCACAUCAUGCAAGGUUAUGCGUGAUCCUAGUGGGAUAAGCAGAGGAUCUGGAUUUGUUGCCUUUUCAUCCGCGGAAGAAGCUUCCCGUGCUCUUUCUGAUAUGAAUGGGAAAAUGGUGGUCAGCAAGCCACUCUAUGUUGCGCUUGCACAGCGGAAAGAAGAACGAAGAGCAAGAUUGCAGGCUCAGUUUUCACAGAUGAGACCUAUUGCAAUGGCACCAUCAAUUGCUCCUCGUAUGCCAAUGUAUCCUCCUGGUGCUCCUGGAAUUGGGCAGCAGAUGUUUUAUGGUCAAGGCCCUGCUAUGAUUCCUCCACAGGCUGGAUUUGGUUAUCAGCAGCAGCUUGUUCCUGGAAUGCGUCCCGGUGGUGGUCCCCUGCCGAAUUUUUUUAUGCCGAUGGUCCAACAGGGCCAGCAGGGGCCACGUCCGGGUGGCAGACGGGGAUCUGGUCCUGUACAACAGACUCAGCAGCCUGUUCCGCUUAUGCAGCAACAAAUGGUACCAAGGGGUAGAAUGUUCCGUUAUCCUCAGGGUCGCGAUGGGCCCAUGCCAGGUGUCGGUGGAGGAAUGCUUUCUGUUCCAUACGACAUGGGUAGUGGCAUGCUUCCUCGUGAUUCUGCUCCUAUUCAACAACAGCAGCCUAUGCCUAUCACUGCUCUCGCUACCGCACUUGCUAAUGCAACUUCUGACCAGCAGAGAACUAUGUUGGGCGAGAACUUGUACCCACUAGUUGACCAGCUGGAGCACGAGCAUGCUGCGAAAGUGACGGGUAUGCUUUUGGAGAUGGACCAGACGGAGGUUCUGCAUUUGCUGGAAUCGCCAGACGCUUUGAAAGCUAAGGUUAACGAAGCUAUGGAUGUCUUAAGGAAUGUUCAGCAGCAAGCCAACGGCCCAGCCGACCAACUCGCCUCUCUGUCGCUCAAUGACACCCUUGUCUCUUAGUGUUUUAAGAUACGGCCAUGUGGCCUAUCUAAGACGACUUUUUUGCUAGUCAGGGUACUAAAUUUUUGAUAAUAUCUAGGUGGUUCUUGAUUGAGAGAUUCUUUUUAUUUUUUUGCUUCCUGAAUCGAUUUUUGUUUCCUUUUGAAUUUCUUAGAUGCUUGCUGUUUUUUGAUUAUCUUGGAGUUCAGUUUAUCGGAUUAUAAUUUAUUUCGGCAAUGUUUGAUUACCUUCUCAUU